AUGAUCUUGUCCGUGCUACGUAAACACCUUCCCAAUCUGCGCGACCUCACCAUACACACGUACUCUGCUGCACACAGUCGCGACUCGGCCAACCUCCUUCCAGCCGAUUUUCUGUCCCAGAUCGCGCCUAGCAUCUUCUACAUGCGUGUCCACAAUAUCGGCUUUCCUAUGGGCUCAAGCACGGCACUGAGGUUUCUAGUGCUUAGUAGAAACCUUGACUCCAAUCGCGACGCCCCUUCCCCCACGCCGUAUACUCUGGCUGAGGUUCUACUCACGUCGCGUCAAUUACCAACCCUCGAAUUUCUCUAUCUCCGUCAUAUAUUACCCUCCGAGAUGAUAGCGGAGUCAGCAUUCAAUCAGUCUAUUCAACUACCUCAUCUAAAGAAGCUGGUCGUCUCGGAUGUGGAACCUGUCUGCGUGGACCUGUGCUUCCUCCUUGACAUCCAUUCCACAGCCGAAGUCUCCGUCGCUCUCACACCAGACAGACUUCAUGUUAGCGCACACAGCAUAGAGCGACUUUGGAGGAAGCUCGGGGACCCUCUUCGCGUCUGCGUUGGCGAUGCCGAACUGACGUUCACCUCCAUUGAAUUCAUGCUUGGCGACAACGCGCCGUCGAGUUCCAUCUUUAGACUCGGAGAUGCCGGAACGAAGCCAAUCGCCAUCUCACACGAUCAUGACUACCUUCAUUACAGUCCAAGGACCGUUGCAUUGACACUGUUCACGCGCGAGCGCUCCUUAUGGAAGGAAAUCAUCUUACCUGCCACGCCGUUAUCGCUUGUGAAGCACCUUCGUUUUGGCACUACGAUGUUCCCCAGGCCCGCUGAAGAUAUUCAAGUCAUGCUUCAAGCUACAAAAUCCGUGACGUCUCUCACUCUAGUGGGGGCGUCUGCGCAUCCAACCAUGUCAUGUUUGGCCCCUUCCGGCCCAGACGGCAUGCUUCUACCCAAACUGCAAGAACUCCGACUCGAAGACGUUUCCUGCAAUUCCAUUCCGCCCACAGGGGACGUGUCCACAACAGUCAUCGAAGAGCUCAAUUAUGCCCUCGACAGACGUUAUCAACACCACGGCUGGUCGCUAUCUUCGUUGACGUUUCAGGGAUGCGAGAUCGACACGCCUUCUUUGGAGGAGCUGAGAGUGGCGGGCAGAUGGGGUGGGCGAACGCGAGUGGAUCGUAUUACCGAAAUUGUGUAG